CUCUGACAGCUGCUCGGGAAAGACACCAGGAGAAAUCCGACAAUAUUUACAAGGAAUAAUAAUGGUGUGGCCCUGUGUUUAUUGAUGUGACCAAACAAGUUGGACUGAGUCCCAUUCCAGUGGUUCUGUUGGAGGAUGGCCACUGCAGCAGAGGACCCCCAUCUGGGCUCAGGUCCAGAUGAUGACGACACAUCAGGACAGGACUCGGAAUCUGACAGUAUCCUCUCUGAUGACUCUGUGCUCCCUGACUACACAAAGGAGGCAGAAACCAGCAGUACAGCCAACACGGUGUAUGAGGCAUGUGCCCGCAAUGACUCUGCCGCUCUAAAGAGAGUUCUGGAGAGAGGGGUGACAAAAGAGGAGGUGAUGGAGCAGGACAUCAAUGGAUGGAAUGGCCUGAUGGUGGCUUGCUGUAAGGGUUUUCUUGAUAUUGUGCACAAGCUCCAUGACUGUCCCUUUAUAGACGUAAACCUCCAGGACAAUGAAGGCAACACUGCACUAAUGAUUGCAUCUCAGGGAGGUCAUGUAUUAACGGUGAUGUAUCUCCUGAACUACUACCCUGGUGUAGACACAGAGAUGAGGGACUGCAGAGGGUUCACAGCCCUCAUCAAAGCUGCUAUGACUGGCCGCUGUGACGUCGUAGCUGCUCUUGUUAUGGCUGGUAUGAGACGGCUCGCAGUGCCAGAGCUAGUAAAGAAACAUCCACAGAGGGAGCUGGAAGAGAGCUCAGUGUGCCAUAGCAACGGCUCAGUCUCUCACAUCAUGCCCUCAAUCCACUCUGCAGAGACAGUGGCUUCGGUGUGCUGCCCUGACACCGAGCGGAGAGGCAGCAUCCUCUCUGUGGCCUCCAACAAGGUGGUCACAGCAUUCAUUCCUCGAAGCAUGGCGAGGCGGAACAGCGUCUUCCCCUCUGGGUGUAUUCCUCAGAUCAGUGUGAACAGGCCUUCAGACCAAACACCGAAGAAAGAAAAGAAAAAGAAGAAGAAAGACAAGGGCUACCUGGAGCCACCUAAGUGGAAAUACAAGGAGCAGAAGGAAGAGAGGAAGAAAGAGAAGAAAAAUGCAGAGAAAGAAAAGGAAGAAAAAGCAAAUAAAAAGGAAAAAGGCAGCAGAAAGACAAAGAAUUAAUAUUCCUACUUUCAGGAACAUUUUCUUCAAAACUUCUAAUUGUUUAAUCAACAUGUUUCAACAACAAAGCUCCUAAGUGUGUGCCUUGGAGUUUGUAGCCAUUCAGGUUCAUGCCUGUCCUACCCAUAGAACAGCUUGUCUCUAAACACUGAGGUCCAGGAAGCUUUCCGUGUAGGUGUUAAAAAUCUUUUGGCAGGGUUUUACAGUAACUUAUAAAAAUUCACCAACAUACAUUAUAUGCAUGAAGCUGUUCACUAUUGUUUAUAAAAAAAAAUACUAUUUUUUUGUGAGUAUUUUGUAAAUAAUCAAGCAAUAACUAACCUUUUAUGAUAUAGACAAAAACAGUUUAGACACAUAAGACUCAUAAUCACCCAUUUUCUAUCAGGUUCAGUGCCAUCUCAUCACAAAAUCAUUAAAACAAAGAACCCACUAUGUAAUAUAUACAGUAUCUGGCACCAAUCCAGCACUAACAUGGUGGUAUAAGUAUCGGUGAGUACCGACAAAUAGGGCACUGAUACCAUUUUGAGAGCCAAAAGUUUAUUCAAGUACUGUCACCCAUUCAAGGUAGUCAAUAAAAAGUUCUACUGGAUUCACUUUGUUUUAGUCUUUUUCCUGUUUCACAAAGGUAGGCAGCAGCUUGACAAAGCCAUGAUGGCAAUU